UCAGCGGCCACAGGUAGCCAGCAGCAGAUAAGAUUUUGAUAGCACAAAGCCGAGUGCUGAGCCCUCAGCGGCCACAGGAUACAAAGCCGAAACGAAUAUAGCAGCAGAACAGGAUAAGACUCAAAAACCUUGACGACUGCGCAGCUCGCAGGCUGCGGCAAUGGCGGCGACACUGCAGUUCAUCAGCCUGCUCGGCACCUCCUCCGCCCAUCAUCCAGCUCCUUCCUGCAGCAGCAGCAACGAGAAGCAGCACCGCUCUGUCCACCUGCCGCAGCAGCAGCAGGGGAGGAGGAAGAGCGGGAGGAGCCUCCGCGCCGUCCGUGCCGUCGAGACGGGCGCCGAGCCUGCCACCGCCGACUCUGAGACGACGGUGGAGCCGCCGUCCGUCGACUUUGCGUUCGUCAGCCCUCGGCUGCUGCCGGACGGGACGCCGGACGUGCACUACCGGACGGCGUGCGGCGGGCAGAAGCUCAGGGACAUCAUGCUCCAAGGUUACAUCGACCUCUACGGGCCUUACGAUAAGUUGCUGCUCAACUGCUCGGGGGGUGGCGAGUGCGGGACUUGCAUCGUGGAGGUAGUGGAAGGCGGCGAAAUGCUUUCUCCGAAAAACGAAGUAGAAAAGGAAAAGCUCAAAAGGAAACCCAAGUCAUGGAGGCUGGCGUGCCAGGCCACGGUUGGCAACCCAGAUUCAACAGGACAGAUGGUCAUACAGCAGCUACCAGAGUGGAAGGUACACAAGUGGGAGAAGUGACUGGAUUAUAACAUUAUGAUGAUUAUGCAGUAGGCCUCAUGAGUCAUGACCCUGGAAUAAUUAGACAGGGGCAACACUUGGUCAAGAGAAGAAGAACUAGAGGCUGUCUGCUUGAAACCUCAACGAGGACUAUAUGUAAAGGGCACAGAGACAUGUUAAGGCGUCCCGUAGAACUAGAAGCAAAGGCGCACUUCCUUGCGCUCGUAAACAAAUAGUACAAAAUAAUCCAAAGUGAUCCAAUGCUCAAAUAUAACAAUCGGUUCAUUUUUCUGA